UUGUUCUGGGUUUCAAAUUUGAACCAAAAAAAAAACUUGCUCUCCUUCCGCUGUAUUUGUACAUAUAUUUUUAGUUUAUAACCUGUUCUGAACAUCAUUUCAUUUAUUAGUUGCAGUUUUGGUUAAAAUUUACCAUUUACCCCAGGAAGAGGGCCCUCCGUAAGAGCGCUGCCAAUCUAGAACACAAUGGCCCACAAUCCAACAGUAGUGACACGCAAAUCAAAGUCCUCUCGCAUGGUUUAUCCCCCAAGGACCCAGCAAGUCACCGAUAUCGAAACGCCCAAGGAGAAGGUGCCGAAGAUUUCCACCCCCCGCGAUGUUCAGACAGUGCGACGCAGCAAGGUCACAAGCCAGAUUAUCCCCAACAUAGUGAACAAAACUACUGUUAAAGAUGUUCACCGCUUGGGUGUAUGCCAGAUGGUAAGUCACUCUAAGACCCAGGCCAGAGUGGCCGGUGGAGGAGGAGGAGGUGCCACCCAGGGACAGAAGCAUCACAGAGAACAGUCAUACAUCCCAGCAUCCCCGAAGACCACUCGAUCCGUAGUCACCACUCCGGCUGUCCAGAAAUCGACACCCAAGGAGAGCAGGGCACUCAAGGAACAAACGGAGAUCAAGAACAAUAAAGAACAUAAGGACCUAAAGGAAGCUAAGGCCCAUAAGGAACCCCAACCCAAGGGAGCCGAUAAAUCACCCAAUCUCAGUCAUCGCCAUUCGCGUCAUCAAAGCGAACGCACCAAGAAUUAUUUCGACAAAUACCUAAAGUUUGCUUUCGAUCUGAGCACUCCCGAAGGAGUUAAGCAACUGGAGGCUCACUUUUUUCCCAACAAGGAUCUCAGUGGAGCUGGCACCUCAACCAAUCGGGAGGAGUAAAUGUAACAACAUUUCGAACAGAGCAUGUCUUAGAAAUAUGUUGGCAUGGCUAAAUUAUUGUUUUUAACAAUUGUGUGAUUCUUAAGCGAACCGAUACUUGUGAAAUUAAAUGUACCUUUUGUUCAAAGCCAA